UAAUUUACCACAGUAGGGAAUACCUCAACAUGAGACAUAAUUGAAGCGGUCUACAACAUUCGAUUCUCCCAUCUCCAUGGAAGACCUUCCUCCACCGCUGCUCCUCGAGAUCCUGAGUCGUCUCGGAGAUUCGGAGGACUUGGCUCGGUGCCGAGUCGCUUCGAAGACCCUGAACUCAAUUGCUCGUGAUAUCCGAUCCAUUAAUCUCCAGUGUUCCUAUGAUAGAUAUACCAAAUCGCGUUCUCCUCAUACCCGCUCCUCGAUCACGCCUUUCAAGGAGAUUUUCAUUAAACUAAUCUCCAAUUUGGAAAUCGUCGAAAGCGUUUCCAUGGGCGUUGAGAAGCCGCUCCGGUAUGGGGCGUACGAUGAUACGGAGGAUGAGGAGUCUGAUUUGUACUUGAGUGAUGAGACUUUUUCUAUGGAGUGGUUGCCAAAGGUGUGUAGAGAACUGAAAUCGAUUUCGAUAUCGGAUUUUUGGGUUCAGUCUUGCUGGCGCCGAUCCGAUGUGCUAUCCGUUAUUUCUUCCCAUUGUCUUAAUCUUUCAGAUUUAGAUGUCAAGAAUGCAUGGCUAUCGGUUGAUGGCCUAAAUCCAAUGCCAAACCUCACAAGUUUGACACUUGAAUUCAUUAGAUUGGAUGACGAGGACUUGAACAAGAUCAACGAAUCUUUCCCUUCAUUGCAAGAUCUUAAUUUGAUUGGGGUGGGAGGACUUAGAGAACCCAGGAUUCAUCUCAUGCACCUCAAAACAUGUCAAUGUAUAGUGUCUAAUGCUCCAAAUUCAUUAGCCAUCAUUGCACCCAAUCUUGUUAAGCUCAAACUUGUAUGUGUGAAGCCAAAGCUGCUUUUGAUUGAGACUCCAUUGUUAUCUGAUCUACAUCUCUCUAUUGAGACUGCUGGCAACUUCAAGGUGAAAAACUUACAUGACUUGAGAAAGCUUCAUCUUGAAUCUGCUGGCCUCCGCAACCUACUUGGUACAUUUCCUUUUGGUAAAACAGUUAGGAAUCUAACUGUCGUCUCAACAAGGUGGGAAGUGCCAGUUGGUAUAUCUAAGUCCACCUUUGAGUUGUUGCUUAAUGUUUUCCCGAAUGUAAGCUCUCUCACUUUGACCCCUGGGGCUUGGUCAGAAUUUGAAACAUAUCCUGGCCUGGGUGGUUUAGAAUCCAGGCAUCAGAUGAAGGAGUUGAAAAUAAUAACUGCUUAUUUAACAGUGAACGAUAUUGAGAUGACAAUAUCAACCGUUUUCUCUAUAUUGGAGAAUUGUCCUAAACUGUCUGACAUGGCAUUGCUGAUACACCGUGAUGUAGUUUCUAAUGUCACCAACAACCUUAUUUCAAGAUGCAUGGCGCAUUGCUCUAGAAUAAGAUGGAAAUGGGGUCUGUGGAAAGAAGAAACAAAAGAUGCUUGGAUAACUGAUGGUAUUUAGCGACUUUGAGUUUGCAGUGUGUGGCAUAUCUGUCAAACCUCCUUUUCAGGCUGAUUUGAGACGUAAAGAUGUGCUAUUUUUCUUUGUUGUCAACUUUCUCGUAUGUUCCUAAAGAAUAAACGAAAUAUUCAUCGAAUCAAUGCUGUUGAAUUCAGGAGAACCAUUUGAUUCCAGGAAACGUGAAAGGCUCAGUCAUGCAUUUCUGAAGAGGUACACAACUUGGUUAAAAGUAGUGGAUCAUUGUGUUAACGUUAGCUUUAGCCAGCGUUUGGAUGCUGAAGAUUGGAAUUAGGUCUGUUCUCUAUGCUUUUAUGCCAUGUAUAUAUAUUUUCUGUUUACUGCCAAUUAUGUAAGCUGUGAUUCAUGUAUAUAGCGUUUUCCUUUGUUUUAAAUGGAAAUGUAAAUCUAUUUCAAUAAUAUAUAUAAAUAUUUCACUUGGAAAUG